AUGCCCACAACCACACCCAUCACCCCGACGCCCGCCCCAAAAGUGUACAUCGGCGACCUCAACAAACUCAACCUGCUGCACGCCCUCUGGCGCUGCUCCCACCCACUCCUCGACCACCCCGACCUCCCCACCCAGCCCGUCUUCAACAAAGAGCUCGCGCUGCGCGCAGCCAGGGAGACGGACUGGACCUUCACAUACGUGCAGGGGAGGCUCAUCCGCGCGGAUCUCGCAGGAGCCGAGGCGGAUCCGUCGGGGUACGAUGCGUGGAAUGGCCAGGGCAGCUUUAGGAGGAUUGCGGUGGGCGUGAGUAUGUUGGGUGCGGACUUUGAGGGCGGGCUUGCGCGGGCGGGCCUUGCGAGGGCUAGGCUUGUUGGGCCAGCAUCUGGUCCUGGCUCUAAGGCUGCGGCUGAGGCUGCGGGUCCUGCGUUGAGGUUUCCUGGUGCUAACUCUGCUGCUAGCGUUGGAAAUAAAAGAGGACAGAAAGGUGGGUUUCGGCGACGGGUUGCUCGGUUUUUCGCAUGA